GCACUGCGGACAUGCGAGUAGCCCACUCUGCUGUCAGUGUUUUUACACUGUUGUUGAUCGCUGUUGCAGAGAUGGUUAACUCAGAGCGGCUCAGGGGCAUUCGCUCUAGUUGUAAACUCGGUAACAUCUUAGACGAUACAUUAAAUAUAUUGGCAUCAGGGGAACUGAAAUUGCUGACUUGGACUUGCAUAGCAAUGCAAGAUUAAAAGUUAAAUGUGUAUGGGAUCGGGAGAGAAUAAGAGUGAGAGUGACAAAGAGCUGAAGCAGAAGAAGCGCACUACAAGACAGGCAGCUGCAGACUUGAGAGGAGAGCACAGUCCGGCAUGGACAGAUCACAGUAGUAAUGAACUCCAGAGCCUUAUAGAUGAAGCACAUGAAGAGCACAAAGAAAACAUGAAAGUCAAGGAACAGACUGAUGAGAAGGAAGUAACAUCCACUAAAGAAGCUUCAAGGCUUGCAGACACAUUAAAGAAUUUGAUCGCAAAACUUUAUGUGGAUCACUUGUCUAAUGAUGGAAAGAUGGUUAAUUAUCAGGCUGUGGCCAGCAGCCCCACCUUUGAGAAGUACUGCCAGUUGACCAUCCAGCUCCAGAAUGUGCAGCUGACGUCUCUGACUCGAAAGGAGAAGCUUGCCUUUUUCAUCAAUGUCUACAAUGCCUUGGUCAUUCAUGGUCAGCUGAAAAUGGGUUCUCCAAAAAACAUGUGGCAGAGAUAUCGGUUCCUUAAUUCAGCAAGCUACUUGAUUGGAGGCACUGUCUUUACCCUUCAAGACAUUGAAAAUGGUGUACUACGUGGGAACAAAAAAGGAAUUGCACAGCUCCUGAGGCCUUUCUCCAAGUAUGAUCCCCGUCUUUUGGUGGCCCUCCCAGAUGUGGAACCACUUAUUCAUUUUGCCUUAAACUGGGGAGCAAAGGGAUGUCCUCCGAUUAAAGCCUAUGUAGCCAAGGACGUAGACAGACAGCUAAGAAAGGCAGCCAAGGAUUUUUUGGAAACUGAAGAUGGAAUCCAGGUUAACAAGGCAAAAGGAGAAAUUCAUCUGAACCACAUCUUUAAGUGGUACCAGGCCGACUUUGGGGACACAGAUGAGAAGGUGUUAAACUGGAUCAUAAAUCAUAUGGAGAAUUCAGCAAAGAAAGAAAACCUCAAAACCAUUGUAGAAGCAUCCUCUUAUAAAAUUAUGUAUCUGUCCAGUGACUGGUCAAGCAAUGCAAUGGAUUAAAAAAAAAAAAGGUGUUCCCCAGAACAUAGCAUGCAGAAUAGUUUACAUUUUAAAUGCAUCAUUUCCAGUGAUUGCCUUUAUUUUCUGCAUGGCAAAAUUGUUGGUAGACUGCAGUCAAGAAGCACAAGUGAAUAGAGAAAGCCGUGAAGCCAUAACAAAUGCAUGCAAAAAAAAAAAGUUAAACAAGUAAUACUGUAUUUUUAUAUUUAACUUUCAGGUAAAUGAAAUUUAUCAUUUUGAUCUGAACAAAAGGGUGCAAUAAGCUUCUGCGUCUAAUAAAUUAUUUUUGGAAAAUUAA